AUGGGGUCGAUUGAUAGCACGUUCGGGGCGGCGCUCAUAGGACUGGUGGUAGGCGCUUGCCUCUAUGGCAUAACUCUACUACAGACCUUCAGCUACUUCAGGAACUACUCCGACGACACCCGGUUCACCAAGUCUCUCGUUAUCAUUCUGACGCUGUUAGAUACUCUCCAUGUCACGCUGUGUACUCGGACAAUAUACUGGUAUCUCGUGACCAAUUUUACCAAUACCGACAACCUCGAUGUGACCACAUGGAGUAUGGCUCUACAAACAGACUGUAACGGUCUCAUCGGUUUGAUUGUUGAAUGGUUCUUCGCACGCCGCGUGUGGAUGAUGAGCCAGAACCGGUUCAUCACGGGGAUAAUCAUCAUUUUGGCUUCCGUUCAUUUCGGCCUGGGUGUUGUCUUCACCAUCGACUCCUUCAUCCUGGGUCGCUUCUCAAAGUUCGCCAACUUAACGUGGGUGACAUGUGUUGGGCUCGGAUCGGCCGCGGCGUCCGACAUCCUCAUCGCUGUCGCGAUGUGCUACUACUUGUACAGCAAGCGCACGGGCCUGAAAAAGACGGACUCCGUUGUCACAACACUCAUGGUGUACAGUAUCAACAGCGGUUUGACGACGAGCGUCAUAGCGACUAUUUGCGUCGUUACUUUCGCAGCAAUGCCCACGAACUUCGUCUGGUUGAGCUUUUUCUGGAUCAUGGGCAAAUGCUACGUUAACUCCUUCUUGGCGCUCCUGAACAGCCGCGAAGGGCUGCGCGACAAGUUCGGCACCGGCGCGGUCCAGCUCAGCGACUUCGCCGCCAGCCCGCACUCGGCCCAACACGGGUCCUACCCCGAUCUGCCCCACAAAAACGUGCACCGGUCCCCGGCGCGCACUCGGCUCGACGGCGUCUCCGUCCAGAUCGAGACGGUGACGGACUUCGUUGAGGCUAACUAUCCGCAGUCGUCCCGGACGGUGCGUCGGCUCGAGCACGGCUGCCCGGAUGGACGUGAUCACGGAGCGCAGGGGCGCACGCACGUCCUGUCGAGGGAAGACGCGACGUCGGUGUCGUCGGUGUCGCCUGUCUGA